CAUAACAGUGUAAGUUCACGAAAAUUUAGCGAUAAUUAUGAGGCGUUCUGCCGCGCCUUCGGCGAGAGCUGCAAAGAAAAUGAAGUUUUGUUCGCCGUUUAAAGCUCAAGACCAGGAGCCUUCCGUAGAAAUCUCCACAACGCGUUCGGUUUUGCAGCAAUCAUACAAAAACCAGGUGACUAUACCAGAGAUCAGAGCUGAGGUCUCUAAAUCCGACCUAAAGACUGCAAGCACGAAUACCCUCUUACCAAGGUUUCCUAAAGAUUUUACAGUUCAAAAUAGGAAAGAAGUGAAAUCUGACGAUGAAAUAAAAGAUACCACCUCCACAGGUCUUUCAUAUCCUUCACUUAGCAGUAAAGUAGCACCUUUCAAACCUCAGAGAUCUUCCAAACCAGGUUCUCAUUUAGUGCCAUUUGAGGAAAAAGAGAAUAUUUGUCGAUACUUCAGCGUUGUUUGGGGAAAGAUGUCCAAAAAGAAGCACAAAAAGUGGGAAGGAGAUGGUAUACUGGUUACAAGAGGACGGACAGCCUCCUUAAAAGACCUGGAAGGAAAAGAAAUUGCAAAGAGUGCUGGUUACAAGUCAUCAGAGUUGGAGUUGCUGCAAGAAGGAAACACACUGUGUAUUGGUGGAAAAGAAAUAGAGGUGAUGGGUCUCAUAAAAGCAGAGGAUUACCUAAGUGGACAGUGCUUUCAACAAUCAAUAGUGUCGUCAUUCCCAACAAAACCAAUCUCUAGAAUGCCUCCAAAAAAGACAGGUUUCGUCAAACCCUAUUCUUCCAACGUGAAAAGAGAUGUGACAACAGAUACUCGACAAAUGGUGGCGCCUCGACAUGACGUCAACGCACCUGGAGCCGUGGUAAUGCCUCGACCCAAUGCCACUCAUCAGUUCGAGCACAAUCGAGAGGGGCUGGAUAUCAUAGACGUGGUAGUGGACCCACAUUUGUCCGGUCAUUUAAGGCCCCAUCAGAGAGACGGUGUAGUGUUCCUCUAUGAGUGUAUCAUGGGCUUGAGAAAUUUCAACGGAAAUGGAGCCAUCCUUGCAGACGAUAUGGGACUUGGAAAAACCUUUCAAUGUAUUUCUUUGAUAUGGACUCUUCAUAAACAAGGCAUGUACGGUGGACAAGCAAGUAUCAGGAGAACACUGAUUAUAACUCCAGGAAGUCUGGUCAAGAACUGGAGUUCGGAGUUUCGCAAGUGGCUUGGUAACGAGAGGUUGAAGGUUUAUACAGUGAACUCGGACAAGAGAGUGAAGGAAUUCAUCAACAGUCCUAUUUAUCCGGUGAUGAUCAUCAGCUAUGAGAUGUUUCUACGCUCAGUAGAAGAAGUAAGAAACAUCAAGUUUGGAUUAGUGAUCUGUGAUGAAGCACAUCGGCUCAAAAACACUUCCAUUAAAACUGCCACGAUGAUUUCUGGACUAAAAACAAAACGAAGGAUUCUUCUCACAGGAACCCCAGUACAGAAUGAUCUCAAAGAGUUUCAUUCGCUCGUCGAUGUCUGUAAUCCAGGGAUUCUAGGCACACAGUCAUCGUUUCGCCGUCUGUAUGAGGAACCGAUCGUCCGCGGCCAGCAACCUGACGCAAGCAGUGAAGAGAAACUUUUAGGACAAACGAGGGCUGCUGAGCUAAACAGGUUAACUAGCUUGUUUUUCUUGAGACGGACAGCCGAAGUGAACAGCCGUUACCUUCCUCCAAAAGUGGAAUGCGUCGUGUUCUGCAGACCAAGUCUCUUACAGCUUUCUCUGUACCGCCACCUUCUGACGUCACGAGUUGUGAGAUCAUGUCUGACGUCACAUUCCUCAGGGGGGUCGCGACAUUUGGUUUGUAUUGGUGCCUUGAAGAAACUCUGCAAUGAUCCAAGCCUUAUUUAUUCACAUUGCCAAGAAGCCAAAGAGAUGGAGGACGGCUUGGAUGUUGAUGAGGACGCAUCACUUUAUGAGGGUCUCGAUCGCUCCUUUCCUGAGAAUUUCAACCCGGGUUGUUUUACAACAAACCAUUCUGGAAAACUUCAAGCUCUUGGUCACAUACUGACCCAGAUACGCAGCACGAGGGAGAGAGUAGUGCUUGUCUCAAAUUACACUCAGACUCUUGAUUUACUUCAGAGGCUUUGUGAAGACAGAGGUUACGACUUCCUGCGAUUGGAUGGAAAGACACCAACCAGCAAACGGCAAUCGUUAGUAGAUCGUUUCAAUGACAAGUACUGCAAAAUUUUUGUGUUUCUAUUGAGUUCUAAAGCUGGCGGAGUGGGCUUGAAUCUGAUUGGUGCAUCAAGGCUCAUUUUGUAUGAUAUUGACUGGAAUCCGGCCAAUGACAUUCAGUCGAUGGCAAGGGUAUGGAGAGACGGACAGAAAAACACAGUUCACAUUUAUCGACUUUUGACAACGGGUACCAUUGAAGAGAAGAUUUACCAGAGACAAACCGCCAAGCAGGGUCUUAGCGGAACUGUAGCUGAUGCCAAAGAGUCUGUCAAAAUUGAAUUCUCGCGAGAGGAACUUAAGGACUUGUUUACUCUCCACGAGAACACGUUAUGUUUAACGCACGAUCUACUACAGUGCACAUGCCUGACAACCGAGGAUGGAAGUGACGAGGAAUGUCAAUCAGAAUCAACAGCCAAUCAACAGUCAAGUAUACCAGUCACGAGACCGUGCCAAUUAGGAAUUGACAUCAAUAAUAAUCAAAAAAAUCUCUCAAUAGCUGAGCUUAUGGAUUGGCAGCACUAUCCGUGUCCGAGUGAUCCUUGUUCAGACUUUGAGGACGACGCGGUAAAGAAAGCUGGUGAUGCUGUGUCAUUUGUUUUUCGAACCAAGACAUUUGGACAAGAAACAGUACAGCAAGAAUCCAGACAAUAGGCUUUUAUUUGUGCUCAGCUCAAGUGUGUCAAAUUCAUUAAAGGUUUUGCCGUAUGCGAUCA